AAACUGGGAAAAAAAACUCGGGUCACCCUGUGAAGAGGCGCCUGUUAAUACUCGAGCUAGUUUGGGAUAUUUAUUCUUAGGAGUUUACUUGCAGUGCCUAUCCUGACUCAGGUAAAAUGAGCUCACCUUUGUCGAUGCUGAAGAAAACGAGGCGCGCUCCACUGCAGGGCCCUCUGGAUGACCAACGGGGCAGACAAAGCGUGCCUUUCAGGAGGAAUCUGUUCAAAGAAUUUCAGGCUACAUUGGAUGAUGAUGAUAAUGAUAAUGAUGAUGAUGAUGAAUCCUCUGAUCUAAAUCCUCCCCUGACAUUUCACACUCCAGCUAAUGAUGCCAUCACUUCAAAGUCAAAAGCCCCUUUGAAGAAAGGUGCUCCACCAAGUGACUUUGAGCUAAUGUCUGCCAUGAUGCAGCGAUUGAGCCUGCUGGAGAAAACAGUGAAGAGCCAAGCGCAGGAGAUCAAGCGCAAGGAUACAAGGAUUUCUGUCUUGGAGAAAAAACUUCUGAAUACAUCAGAGAGUGCCCAUGAUCUGAGUGGCAGAGACGGCCUUAAAAGAAGGUGCCAACAACUGCAGAAUCAAGUGCGUGAAAUGGAUAGCUUUCUGAAUGACUAUGGUUUGAUCUGGGUGGGAGACGGGGAGAGCAGUGACUCUGCUGAAAGGGAGCAGCCACGUAACUUAGAGAGAGGCCUCUGGCAGCCAGAUGGCUCUGUGAUCAGGAGCUUCCACAUGAACUUUGACCUGGUGCUGCAGAAGAUCAAGGAGCUGAACAUCCUGGCAGGGGAGGGAGAGUGUUUUGUGCAGUCGACAGCCACUAGGGGACAGUUGUCAAAAAAGGAUCCUAUUCAACUGAGUCUCUAUAGCAACGGCAUUGUCAUGUUUGACGGUCCUUUCCGCUCUUAUCAGGAGCCCAGUACCCAGCGGUGCAUGCAAGAUCUGAUGGACGGGUAUUUUCCAUCUGAGCUUCAAGAAAGAUUUCCAGAUGGUGUGCCUUUUGAGGUUCAUGACAGACGAGAUGAGGACUUCAUCGUACCGUGGAAUAAUUUUCCUGGCAAAGGACAGGCUGUUCGUGGGAAGAAAGAUGAAUCAUUAAAUGCCGUCAGCUCUCCAUUACCUGGCAAGAAGAUGAGCAUGGAUCGGUUCCUAAGCAGGUUACCAAAGGUGGUGGUGAAGGCUGGUCGUGUGAUUGAUAUCAGGGACUCAGUGAGGGCUGCCCUGCUGGAUUCAUCUGAUGCCCAGAGAAGCAACUCAGUGAUCCUCAUAGACACGCCAGCACUGCAAGUGAUAAAAAAGAGACUGCAGACGACCAGCCCUGACAGGCCUUCGUCUGCCCGUGAUGUCAUCACACUCAAGAUGAAGUCAGAAGAUGGGAAUCAUACUUACAUUCUGAAAAUGUGCUCCUCAGAAACAAUCGGCCACCUGCGGCAACAUCUGGACAAACACAGAGGGGGUGGUCUCCCUGGUUACGACAUCAUCAGUGCUUACCCACGGUGCUGCUACGAUGACGACCGCCAGACGCUCCAGUCAUGUGGACUAACGACUAAUGCUACUCUGCUGCUGCGAAAGAGGAAACAAUAAAAUGAACUUUUUAUAAAAAAAUGUUAGGCAUCAGCCUUCUUCACCGCACACAUUUUGAUUCGUCAUAGUAGGAAAAGCACAGCGGUUACUAAUAACCGGCAUGCACAA